AUGCAGGCCAGUCUCAUUAUUAUUUGCAUCGCAUUCGGCUUCGCUUGCGCAGGUCACGGUCAUGACAACGCUCACUACAAAUUCGAGUACGGCGUCCACGAUCCCCACACUCACGACCACAAGUCGCAGCACGAGCACCGCCACGGGCACGACGUCCACGGGGGGUACACCCUGAAGGAGGCCGAUGGCACCCACCGAGUGGUCAAGUACGUUUCCUCUCCCCACAAGGGAUUCGAGGCUGUUGUGGAGAGAAGAGGACACGCUCAGCACCCCGCUCACGGUCACCACGGUCACGGGGGAGCCACCAGCUACGUAGGAGUCACCCAUUGGGCCAAUCAAGGUAGCGAAGAAGGACACGGACACGGACACUAUUGAUUGUUACACUGAUCUGGUUGUUUUGAUGCUUGAAAUAUAUUAAACUGGAGAUUAUACAUAAAUUGAGUUUUACUAUGA